AUCCAGAUCGGCCGCGAGUCACCGGCAACGUGUCGACGCCGUCGUGUUCUUGGGGGAGGGAUAAAGAGUAAGCGGUGUGUGUUCACUGUUCAGCGUUCUUGCGGGGCGAGAAGAAGGAAGACCGUCCGUGUGAGAGGGGGAUGGCUACAAGAAGGGCCGUGGGGGGAGCUCUGGUCCCUCGGCCUGCGUGGGCGGCGCUCGCGGAGGCCGUGGCGAGGAGGAUGGAGGGCCUGGGCGGCGCCGGGCGCGCGCCGCGCUACUUCAGCGACAAGGCCUCCGGCAGGGUGCUCAGCGAGGAGGAGCGCGCCGCCGAGAACGUCUACAUACAGAAGAUGGAGCGGGAGAAGCUGGAGAAGCUGCGGAGGAAGGCGGACAAGGACAAGGCCGAGGCCGCCAAGAGGGCUGCCGCCGCCAAAGGGGACAAGAAGGUAACUGACGCGCCGGCGAUUCGAUCUUGAGCACUACCAAGGGUGGGGAGGAGGCGCAUCCAAGCUGAGCGCCGCAUCAGAUCGAUGCUCAUGUGACGGCGUGGCGUGGGGUACAGCUGAUCCGUACAUGUAGAUAGAACCUCUGCUCGUCGUACUGCGCACAGUGCCUUGUCGCUGUGUUUGUAACCCCUAUCACUACUACUGCGAACUUUCUUUGGAGCGGCGAUGUGCCUUGUUGGUUGCAAGUGGAGGCUUCGCUCAAGCCUCUUGCAUGUACAUAGUUCAUCGAUGAUGAAUAAAAGUGCAGUGUGAGAAAGAAGGUAA